CAUUAUUUCCUGCAGGGGAAACAAAACGGGUUUUAUUUCCGUAUGGCUGAUUUUUUUAUUUUAGCGAUGGACGCGGAGCCGGAUGAACAGGCUCAAGAGUCAGUGACGGCGUGUUACAUAAGGUGUAAUGCAGCAGAGCCUCAUGACUAGUGUCUCGGUGGUGGUGGGACUGUUCGGUCCUUCUGGUCCCAGCUGACAGAUUCUGAUAUGGACUAUGAAAGGCCAAACGUUGAAACUAUCAAGUGUGUGGUGGUGGGAGAUAAUGCAGUCGGAAAGACCCGCCUUAUCUGCGCCCGGGCCUGCAAUGCCACACUGACUCAGUACCAGUUACUCGCUACACAUGUGCCCACAGUCUGGGCAAUUGACCAGUACAGAGUAUGCCAGGAGGUGUUAGAGCGCUCCAGAGAUGUGGUGGAUGAAGUCAGUGUGUCCCUUCGUCUCUGGGAUACUUUUGGAGACCAUCAUAAGGACCGGCGUUUUGCAUACGGCAGGUCUGAUGUGGUGGUACUGUGCUUCUCAAUCGCCAACCCGAACUCUCUAUACCAUGUUAAGACCAUGUGGUACCCUGAGAUCAAGCACUUCUGCCCCCGUGCUCCUGUUAUCUUGGUUGGCUGUCAGCUGGACCUGCGCUAUGCAGACCUGGAGGCAGUGAACAGGGCACGGAGGCCCUUAGCUAGACCCAUUAAAUCCAAUGAGAUUCUUCCUCCAGAGAGAGGCCGGGAGGUAGCCAAAGAGUUGGGAGUGCCAUAUUAUGAAACCAGUGUUGUUGCUCAAUUUGGAGUCAAGGACGUCUUUGAUAAUGCUAUCCGAGCUGCGCUCAUCUCACGCCGACACCUGCAGUUUUGGAAAUCUCACCUCAGAAAUGUUCAGCGGCCUCUCCUUCAGGCGCCCUUCCUGCCACCAAAACCUCCCCCGCCUAUAAUCACUGUGCCUCCUCCCCCAACCACCACAGAGGAGCAUCCAGUCGGUCUUCUGGAGGACCCACACUGUGCUGAUGUCAUCCUGGUCCUGCAGGAGCGACAGAAAAUCUUUGCACACAAGAUAUACUUGGCGACAUCCUCUUCAAAGUUCUAUGACCUCUUUAUACUGGAUGGACAUAAUGAGGAGACUGAAAGGCCCUCUCGUGGCUCACUCUCUGGCAGAGAGCUGCUGAUGCGUGCUGCUAGCUUUGAUGUUUGCGAACUCAGCGACGAUGGCGACAGGGCCAACCUGAGGGCCUGCACUAGUGAUGGGACCUUGAAAGACUCUGAGGUGGCUCGACGGGGCAGACUCCUCUCUUCGUGGAGCCGAGCCUUCGCCAGUAUCCAGGAGGAGCUGGUAGAUGACCCUGUCACAUACAGCCCCAGGCCCAUGACUGUAGUGCACAUGGACCAGUCCAUGCAGCUCGGUCCUUUCCGAGCAGUGCUUCGCUACCUGUACACAGGUCAGCUAGACGAGAAUGAGAAAGAGCUAAUGCACAUCGCACACAUUGCUGAGCUGCUGGAGGUCUUUGACCUGCGGAUGAUGGUGGCAAACAUACUCAACAAUGAAGCCUUCAUGAACCAAGAAAUCACCAAAGCCUUCCAUGUACGGCGCACAAACAGAGUCAAAGAGUGUUUGGCCAAAGGCACCUUUUCUGAUGUAGUAUUCAAGCUAGAUGAUGGGACCAUCAUGGCCCACAAGCCUCUACUCAUCUCUAGUUGUGAUUGGAUGGCAGCUAUGUUUGGCGGGCCUUUUGUGGAGAGCUGCACCAAAGAGGUGCUGUUUCCAAACACAACUCGCAGCUGUAUGAGGGCUGUCCUAGAAUAUCUCUACACAGGGCGGUUUUGUUCUCGGUCUGACCUGGACGCAAUGGAGCUUAUUGUUCUUGCCAAUCGUCUUUGCCUCCCCCACCUGGUUGCACUUACAGAGCUCUACACAGUAACAGUAUUGACGGAGGCAGGGAUGAUGGGGGCGGACAUUGAUGGCGACGUGCUUGUUUACUUGGACAUGGCCCAGUUCCACGGCGCCCAACAGCUCACUGGCUGGUGUCUUCACCACAUCUGCACCAACUACAACAGUGUCUGCCGCAAGUUUCCCCGAGAGAUGAAGGCCAAGUCUACAGAAAACCAAGAAUACUUUGAGAAACAUCGCUGGCCACCUGUGUGGUAUUUGAAAGAGGAUGACCACUACCAAAGAGCACGUAAAGAGCGUGACAAGGAGGACUACCUGUACCAGAGACGGCAAUGUAAACGCAAGUGGCUCUUCUGGAACCUUCCUUCCUCCCCUAACUCAAACUCUUCUUCUUCUGGCUCAUCUGCUGUCAUCUGACCAAGUGGUAAGGCCAGGUCUACUCUGAAGUACAUCAGUGUGGAUGCGAGUUGUAAAAUAUACAAUAAAAGAUAAGCACCACUGGCUAUGUACGCCCCAAUUAUUCAGGCGUGCAGCCUCUCCUCCUGUUUGUUUGCCACUGCAGUCAAAUUCCUCCAGGUCUGCAAGCUCAGCUCUAUCUGGCGGUUAAAGUAAUGAGUUUCCUUCCUUAGAUUUUUAGCUUGGUGUACAUGAGACUCAGACCUCAGUGAUGUGAACCUCACUGACAAAUGGCACAGUGUAAUUGGCGCAAAUAACAAUUCAUAUUGAUUGAUAUACUGUAUGUUUCAAAAAUAGGACUCUGCUGGCACAGAACUUUCCACGUAUUAUUUUUUAAUUAUCAUCAAUUAACCUGAACUGAUAACCAAGUGCUGCUUCUCAGCUGCAACAACCAGCAAUUAAAUGCAGAACUUCUCAGUCUCAGAGAAAUAACACUUUGCCCUUAAGUGUUUGUACAAUCUACUAAACUAUGUGUACAGCAUGCUCUUGUCAACAGGAUGUAACGAUAGUAUGGCCUGCCAGGAAUAAAUUAUUGAAGUCUUUCACUCUAACCAUACGGAUUUUGAUCGUGUAAGCAUAAAAGAAAAUACUGGCAAGUUCCACUCCUGUUUAUUUGUGUACAGUCAUUCUGUUUUUGAUGGUUUGUGUUCGGCUUGCAAAGCUAAAAGUGACGUGAGUCUGGAUACGCUCAGCAUUAUUGUUAGAAACUGCUGGCUGUAUUGUGAUUUGUGGCCUCUUGUCAAAAAAGGGCUUUAGUUUACAUGAAUGCAUGAAAAACACCAUCACGGAGGGAUGGUGUCUUUCACGUAUCUGACGCUGGUGUUGGUUUGGCCUUUAGAGAUUUGUCUUAGCCCCGUGACUGUCGGCAGUCGGCUGUGUGAGACUACAUGCAGGAGGCAUCCUCAUGCCUGGGUGAAGUCAUCCCUACUCUUCUACUCUUCUACACACCUCAAGCACCUUUUGGACUCUUCUCCACAGAGACACACACAAGAACAUCCAGUAGCAUCGUACUGGUAAACGGAACUAAAGACAGUAUGGUGUCAUCAUGGCACGUUGCGUCUGCAGACCAUGAUAUUUAAAAAAGUUUGUUUAAAAAAAAAAAAAAAAAAAAGGUUGUGAGAUGGUUGAGAUCAAAUCAUUUUUCUUGAUUUGUUUUGCACACCUCACAAUAUAUGUUUAAAGAUUGUCAUCUACUGUUGUACUCGAUUGUAGGAUGGACUGCGGCGUGAUUUGGAUUUGUAAGCAUGGUGCUCAGUGAAGAUGGGUAGUAUUGUAAACUGUACAAAAUAUCAUAUUAACUGCAAUCAACUUGCAUCACUAAUGUGCUGUUACCUAAUAUUGUGCACUGCAGGCAGUGAGCAGUAUUACUGGGUAAUACAUAUACUAAAUAUAGACUUGCAAUUAGUUACUGUGCAGCUACAAACUGUUGUUGAAAAUAUCUGACUACUCGUCGUGCUGACCUCCAGUUACAUCUAUUAUAUACUGAAGAAUACAUGCAAGGUACAGGCAGUUCGAACAAACAGUUGAGUAAUAGUAAAAUAGGAUAACAGUGCAAGGUAAAGUAGACACAUGUUUAUAUAAAUUACAUCAUUAGGACUUGGUACAUCCAUAAAACGUGUCAUUCUUAUGGCAGCAUAUGUUAAAGGUAGGCUAGCUCAAUCUUGCAUAUGAUUGGUUAGACUUUUCCAUGCAAUUUAGGUCGAGACAGAUAUAAGAGCCUAACAGAGAGCUUAAAACGAUAAAGUGGUAUGAAUCACAUCAGUGACAAAAUCAGUUUCUGCUCGAACUAACUUUUGACCUAAUUACUACACUGCAUGAAAAGGGAUCUGCAAAUUCUCAUUUAAAGUGUAUAUAGAUAUAGAGUAGUGGUGCUGGUGCUCUAAGCAGUAGCUUUGAAUUGUUCUCAAUUACAUUAACUUUUGUCUCUUGGUAAGUAAACAUGAUAAAUCUCAUUUUGAAUAUCUUAACUGUUCACAUUUUUUGGCACACAUGGUCAGACAUUAGGCCGAAGGAUGAGAGCCAUCCUAGUUCUUAAUGUUUUAAUUUAUUACACUAUCUCUCUGAUAAGUAAUAUUGUCCAGUUUUCAGACAAAAUAUUGUUUAUUCUAAUAGUUUAACAGCAGGAGGGUGAAUAUUAUUAUCAUUUACCUUGGUGGUGUGAUUGAUAAAUUCCAUAGACAUGCAUUUCAUUCCUCAGUGCAUUGUAUUUCUCAAUGAGUCCUCUGCUGAUGUUUUGCAUCAACAACACCUCAUGCCUUAAUGUACAGUGCAGUGUAUGGAAUCGAAUGUUUAGUAGUUUUGCUGUGGUCACUGGUCUGUUUGCUCUACGUUUAGUUACCAUGGUGCUCUCUGGCUGUGUGUGUAUCUGUAAAUGUACAUACUCUUUACAUAAUUGGGAUGUGAAGCAAUCGAUGUGUGAUCGAUGUGAUAAGUGUGCUUUAGUUUGAACGCUGCGGAGGGUUUAUGCCCUUUUCAAGCUGUAAACACAAAACUAAUUAAAGACUCAGACCACCAAGGCCACACAAGACUAACAUAAUGACAAACCAUAGAUUUCUGACAUUUAUCAUGAAAUGAAUGCAGGGAUUUCAAAUGUGUUCUUUUGUUUUAAAGUCACUUUAUGCUCAUGAUCUCCAAUUUUGGAGUCUGUAUAUUACAAAAUGCUGAGACAGGGUGGCAAUUGAAAGUUAGAUUCUAACUCAAACAUGUAAAUAUGAAUUAUGGGACUUGCAAUUCAAACUUAGCAUAGCUACAAGCUAUUGCAUAGUUUAACAUAUAAAAUGUUUUUGUACUAUGCAUAUUGAAAUGUCUGACUUUGAAAUUACAAACUUGCACUGCUUUGUAGCACCAGGUUCUAUUCAAAUGACAUUAGAUGAUAUAGAAACAUUAUUAGAUAUGUACACAACAUCAGGUAAAAAAAAUAAUAAUUUGAUCACAAAUUACAAAGAAGUUGUCACUGGAGCCCUUUUACAUAUGUUUGGGUGCUAAUUUCACGCUGCAGAGAAGCACAAACCAAAGGGAGCUUUAGCAGCACCAGGAAUAUAUUAUAUGCUGCACAAUCACUACUGCAUAGUUUAAGAGGCCUUGUUAAGAAAUGGUUGAAAAUUAAAUAAUUAAAAAACACAACAAUAAUGAAAAGAAGAAAAGAAAAUUGAAUGUUUUCUCAGUGUUCAAAACCUGGAUGACGUUUUCCUUAGUCAUCAGGUGUUUUUGUUCUGAAGAGCUGUUUUUAUUGUUUAGGAGCUGUCAAUCUGAAAUUCUGUAGCAUGUGUUCUUGAAAAUGUGUAAAUACUAUUUACUAAAUAAAAAAGGAGCAAUGUG